AUGGAGGUGUUCCGUGCUCGUGGCCGGCUUUUCGAGCCCUCCACUGGUUUCCAGGCCCUCCUGACUUUCCUGCCGCUGUGCAGGAAUCUAGACUUGUUCGGCUUUGGCGGCAACGCGACCGAGGACGGCCUUACAGAGCUGGACAUACAGCAAGCCGAAGCGGAGCAUCAGGUCGAAGAGGCGAUCAGCAACGGUGCCUGGGGCAAGAUCUCAUGGUCUCCGAGGAUGCCUGACGAGGCCAAGUGGAUGCGGGUACGCGCUGCGAAGGUCAGAAGCGUUGACGGUCGGCACGCCUGGGUCGAGGGCAACUCCGCUGUUUAA